UAUACCCUAUGGCUGAACACAGAUUCUGCUUAAUAUCCAUGAAAAUAUGAAGGCUAAGUGGAAGGGAGACUUGUACAAGAAUCUGCUGUGGGAAUGUGCGUCCUCAACAACAAUUCCAGAGUUUGAGGGUAACAUGAAAAUAGUUAGGAUCACAAAUCCUGCUUUACAUGAUUGGUUGAAAGAAAUCAACCCAAAACAUUGGUCCAGAGCAUUCUUCAGUGGAUUAGCAACAAGUGAUGUGCUAUUGAACAACCUAUGUGAGGUGUUCAAUAGACAGCUAAUUGGUGGAAGGGACAAGCCAAUUAUAACCUGUCUGGAGUACAUUAUGGAGUAUUGUAUGAAGAGAAUUGUAGUGGUGCUCAAGCAGAUUGCAAAGGCAGAAGGUCACUUGACCCCCAAAGCUAGCAUCAUCUUUGAACAUAUCAAAAGUGAAGCUUCAAAUUACUCAGUUAUGUGGAAUGGGACCAGCAAAUACCGAGUCAGAGAGAGAGGUGGUCAAGACCAGUGUGUAGUUGAUGUAGAUGCUAGGGUUUGUUCUUGCAGGAGGUGGGAAUUGAUAGGCAUGCCAUGUAAGCAUGCUGUGGCAGUUAACUGGACAAUGGCUCAAUAUGGCAUGAAUCCAGGCCCUCCAGAGACUUGGUUUUCAGAGGUAUACUGGAUGGACACUUGGAAGAAGGUUUAUAAGAAUACAAUCAACCCAAUCAAUGGGGUAAAUCUUUGGACACCAUCACAAGUUCCAACAAUUAUAAUACCUCCUAAGCAUCACUCACAGAUUGGAAGGCCUUCCAAAAAGAGAAAGAAAAGUGCUAAUGAGGAGAUUGUGCCAGUGAAACAUGGUAAGAUGAGCCAGAGGGGAAACACUGUCACCUGUAACAAGUGCAAUGCCAAGGGUCACAACUGA